CCCGCCGCCGCCGCGGCCGCCGCUGCCUCCGCCUGUGCCGCCGCCGCCGCCGCCGCCGGGAUAUAGUGCGGGCGAGCAGCGGCGCAGUCACUUCGCGAGAGCGGCGCGGGCUGCGGCGCCGGCACCGGGCACCCGGAGCGGCGCGGGCUCGACGGGCGGCCGUGGCAGCGGAAGGGUCUCUCUGCGGGGCUGGACGUAAUAACUUUGGGAUUGUCCACCAGUGUCACGUCCUGAACAUGAGCCUCCUCCUCUCCUUCUACCUGCUCGGGUUGCUUGUCAGUCGCGGGCAAGGUCUUCUUCAAGUGACAAUUUCACUUAGCAAAGUAGAGCUUAGUGUGGGCGAAUCUAAAUUCUUCACAUGUACAGCAAUUGGUGAACCUGAGAGUAUAGAUUGGUAUAAUCCUCAAGGAGAGAAGAUAAUUUCAACCCAGAGGGUGGUGGUGCAGAAGGAAGUUGGCAGGUCACGACUGACCAUCUACAAUGCAAACAUAGAGGAUGCAGGGAUAUAUCGUUGUCAAGCAACAGAUGCCAAAGGACAAACACAAGAAGCUACAGUAGUUUUGGAAAUUUACCAAAAACUCACUUUCAAAGAGGUGGUAUCUCCUCAAGAAUUCAAGCAAGGAGAGGAUGCCGAGGUGGUUUGCAGAGUCAGCAGUUCACCUGCACCUGCUGUCAGCUGGUUGUAUCAUAACCAGGAAGUCACCGCUAUUUCCGACAAUCGAUUCUCCAUGUUAGCCAACAAUAAUCUGCAGAUCCUCAACAUCAAUAAAAGUGAUGAAGGCAUAUACAGAUGUGAAGGAAGAGUGGAGGCUAGGGGAGAGAUUGAUUUUCGUGAUAUUAUUGUUAUUGUUAAUGUGCCGCCAGCAAUCACAAUGCCUCAGAAAUCCUUUAAUGCCACUGCUGAGAGAGGAGAAGAGAUGACUUUGUCCUGCAGGGCCUCGGGCUCUCCAGAGCCCACCAUCUCCUGGUCCAGAAAUGGAAAGAUCAUUGAAGAAAAUGAAAAAUACAUAUUGAAAGGAAGUAAUACAGAACUCACCAUCAGGAACAUAAUGAAUAGUGAUGGUGGACCUUAUAUCUGUAGGGCAAGAAAUAAGGCAGGAGAAGAUGAAAAGCAGGCCUUCCUACAAGUCUUUGUACAGCCUCACAUAAUACAGCUUAAAAACGAGACUACGCAUGAGAAUGGUCAUGUCACACUCAUCUGUGAAGCGGAAGGAGAACCUGUUCCAGAAAUCUCUUGGAAAAGAGCUGUGGAUGGCAUCACAUUUUCUGAAGGUGAUAAGAGCCCCGAUGGCCGUAUUGAAGUCACAGGGCAGCAUGGAAGCUCAUCCUUACAUAUUAAAGACGUGCAGUUGUCAGACUCAGGGAGAUACGACUGCGAAGCUGCAAGUAGAAUUGGAGGGCACCAAAAGAGCAUGUACCUUGAUAUUGAAUAUGCUCCUAAGUUUAUAUCAAACCAAACAAUUUAUUACUCUUGGGAAGGCAAUCCAAUCAAUAUAAGUUGUGAUGUGAAAUCAAAUCCACCAGCAUCUAUCCAUUGGAGAAAAGAGAAAUUAGUUUUACCUGCUAAAAAUACCACUAAUUUAAAGACAUAUAUUGCAGGAAUAAAAAUGAUAUUAGAGAUUGCUCCUACAUCAGACAAUGACUUUGGACGAUAUAAUUGUACAGCUACUAAUCGUAUAGGAACAAGAUUUCAAGAAUAUAUUCUUGCCUUAGCUGAUGUGCCGUCCAGUCCCUAUGGAGUGAAAGUGAUAGAGCUGUCACAGACCACAGCUAAGAUUUCUUUCAACAAACCGGACUCCCAUGGAGGUGUGCCUAUUCACCACUACCAAGUGGAUGUCAAAGAAGUGGCAUCAGAAACCUGGAAAAUAGUCCGGUCCCACGGAGUUCAAACAAUUGUUGUUUUGAGCAACCUGGAACCAAACACAACUUAUGAGAUCAGGGUUGCAGCUGUGAAUGGGAAAGGUCAAGGAGACUACAGUAAAAUAGAAAUCUUCCAAACAUUACCAGUCCGUGAACCAAGUCCUCCAUCUAUACAUGGGCAGCCAAGCAGUGGCAAGAGUUUUAAACUCAGCAUCACCAAACAGGAUGAUGGAGGAGCUCCCAUUUUGGAAUACAUCGUGAAAUACAGAAGUAAAGAUAAAGAAGACCAGUGGCUAGAGAAAAAAGUACAGGGAAAUAAAGACCACAUUAUUUUGGAGCAUUUACAGUGGACCAUGGGAUACGAAGUUCAAAUCACAGCUGCCAAUAGACUAGGAUAUUCUGAACCUACAGUGUACGAGUUCAGCAUGCCGCCAAAGCCCAACAUUAUUAAAGACACACUUUUUAAUGGUCUUGGGCUUGGAGCAGUCAUUGGCCUGGGAGUUGCAGCCCUUUUGCUAAUCCUUGUGGUAACAGAUGUCAGCUGCUUCUUUAUUCGACAAUGUGGGUUACUGAUGUGCAUCACCAGGAGAAUGUGUGGGAAGAAGAGUGGUUCCAGUGGGAAAAGCAAAGAACUUGAAGAAGGAAAAGCUGCAUACCUGAAAGAUGGUUCAAAAGAACCAAUAGUGGAGAUGAGAACAGAGGAUGAAAGAAUUACUAAUCAUGAAGAUGGAAGUCCAGUAAAUGAACCAAAUGAAACUACACCACUAACAGAACCUGAAAAACUGCCUUUAAAAGAAGAAAAUGGGAAAGAAGUUCUAAAUCCUGAAACUAUAGAAAUUAAAGUUUCUAAUGACAUCAUUCAAUCAAAAGAAGAUGAUGGCAAAGCAUAACACAAUGUCACGGGAGCUCAAUCAUCAUUACAAGGGCAUCUGGAUUGCAGUGACCCUACGACCAAAACUAUUCCACUGACCUUAAUUUCUUGGGAAACUUUUAGCUUGGAAUAGCUUGUACACAUAUACAUAUAAUCACAUACUCCUGCCCAUAAUGCAUUUUCUUUUGUUGUCAUUGUUGUGAUUGUUCACUUGUUAAGAAUUUCAGUACAGAGACUUGACUGGCACCAGCUCUUGUGUAUUGAUUCAAUUAAGUGCUGUAAUUUGUCAUAUGGCUAGAGUGCUCUAUUUCUUAAGAACUUUGUCUCAUAUACCAUCAAGAAAUAUAUUUCAAACUCUCUGACAUAUGAGGGUAUAAUGAAAAAGCAAAAGCUUUGUAAGCUGAACAUGUAAGAGAGCCCUGCAUGUAUAUGAAAUUUAAUUUGGGCAAUAGGUUAUUAAAGUGGCUUUCACCUUAAAAUGAAGGUAGAUAAUAAAUAUUAUACUUUUUAUCAGGAGAAUUUCAGGGAACCCAGGCUUAAAGAAGCCAAUUAUCUUUUGCAGAUAUUAAAAGUUGAGGAAACUUUGGAGAACUCUUUUCAGUACAUUUUCAACAUCGAUUUUUUGGUAGACUGAAGUACCAGAUCAAAAUUUUUACUUCUUUAAAAGAUAUAGUUAUGUAUAAAAUUAGAUUAGAAAUAUAAAUCUCUAUAUCUCUUUAUUUAUGCCAUUUCAUUCACAGUGGAAUAUACAAAAACUAAAUGUAUUGCUAGUGAAAAUUAUACUGACUUCUGCCCUCAGCUUCAAAUAAAGUAAAUUGAAAUGGGAAAAAUAUUAUUAUGUUGUCUUGAUAUAUUUAUAAAUACAUGAUUUUCUUUUAUUUUUAAAAUGAUUUCCAAAAGUCAAGUCUUUACUGUUCAAAUAUUUCAGAUAAUAUUCUCAGAUGCAUUUUUAGUGCACAGGUUUAGGUAAAACUUUAGAACCAAUUUUUUUUUAAUUUUGUAGUUUCUUCAUUAAUUGAAACUGGAUAAUGGAAAAUUAAAAAAUCUAAAUUUAGUUAAAUAAAGAGCAAUUAUGUAACAUUUAAAUAUGUCAUCAACUGUCCAUUAUAAAUAAUAGAAUUGUUUUUAUUUGAUUAUUGUAGCUGGAAACCAUUUUAAAAUGUUUGAUAAGCACCUUCAGUUGAAGAAAUUCCUUAACUGUUCAACACACUUUCUGGUAUCAUUUAUUAGGGUCUAUGGUUAUUAACUUCCAAGCUAUGCAAUCUCCCAGGGGUAAAACAUUGAGAUGUGGUAUAACUUAUAUGAAAGUAAAAUAUGCUUAUGACUAUAAAUAUACAUAUCUUUUGUGAGAAGGUUGUUGAUUAUUUCUUAACCUAGACCUCCAAAGGUAUUUGGGGGUCUCAUUAUAUUAAUAACCUUUAGUGUUUCAGUUUUUGGCUGAACAGUUCAAAUAUUGAUGAUUGAGAAUAUAUUCCAAUAGAACAUCAGAGAAAUUUAUAGUGUAGAGGGACCUGUUUUGAGAAUUUUUCUCUAUAAUUUGAUGAAUAAAAUGCUAAUGCCAGCUAUAAAUACUUUUAUUUACCAAGUGCUUGAAACUGUCAGCCAAGGAGAGAGCAGUAAGUAAUUUUAUCCUACACUGUGCUGACCAUCAGCAGGAAGAAUAAGCCCAUCUGCAUGUUAAGACAGAAAAAUCUCACAACGUCAUUACCAUAUGCUUCAGGGUGAUAAUGCAGGAAUCUCUCCAUUCUACUUUUUUGGCAUAAAAUUCUUGUGCCUAUCUAGGAGUCUGAACAGUAUCUGAACAAACAAACUGGCUAGGUCAUUUUCACCUGCUUGAUUGUCUAACUGGUUUCUCAUAGAUUUGACUGUAUUUAGUUUAUGUCUGUCUAAUCAUCUGUUUUGUUUUAUUUUGUUAUGCUUUGUUUUGUUUGUUUUGUAUCAAUGUGCUAAAACUUUUAAAAUAUUGGAAUUAGUUUGUGCAAAGUGAACAAUUUUGUAAAGUGUCUAUGAAGCAAUGACCAUGAGGGCUAAUAUUUCCUGCAUAGGGCCACAUGGAUUUCAACUAAUGAUAUUGAAAGAAUUCCGAUGACAAAAAGACAAUUUUGCAUGUUUACUGUUGUUAUACUUGUGCUACAUUGCAAAAAUACAGAAAUCAUAAUAAAGGAAAGUUAUUUUUGUGUUUUCUCAAUUUGAAUAUUCUGUUUUCACAUUCAUUGGAUUUUCUAUGUAAAGUACUUGAUGGAGAUAUUUCCUUAUAUAUAUAUAUGUAUAUUGCUGUUAAAUUUCUUGCCACUCAUAUGGAGUAAUUACCUGAAAUUAAUAGAUAAUUUGGAAAUAAUUGUAAACAGACUGUUUCAAGUGUAUUGUUUCAGUUCUUCGAGCAAUCCUUACCUCUUGUCCUUGAAAUCUGUGCCACGCAGGAGCAAGGCAUUACUGUGAUAAAUCUUUUUUAUUUUAACCUUUUAAUGGAAUGCUCCAGAUUACACUAUUUGUAAAAAUUUCCAAAUAAGAACUGGCUUGUAGUAAAUUGAAAAACUGAAGUACUUUAUGUCUUAUUUUCUGUUAAUAUUCUAAACUAAAUACAUCAAUAUAACUGUGUAUAUGAUUUUACUGUCUGAGAAAACUCUUAAAUGUUAGUAUAAAAUGUCAUAAGUUCACUGACUAUAAGUACUGUUAAGAUAAUCUGAACCCUAUGUUAAACUGAGAGGCAAAGAUUCCACAGAAAACAUUGCUAUUUCUUAUUAAGUUAUGUGCAAUUAAAUAAUGACAAUCUACAUUUAGAACCUGUACUCUGACACUAAUAUUAGAAUUUUAAUACAUACUUGUUUCAAAAACUGGCACCAAUUAAGUGUCAACACAUGUUAUGAUUUGCAAAGGAAUUUAAGGAUUGUUAUUUCUAAAGAUUUAUUUAUUAUUUUUUGUGGUACAGUAUAUUGCCACUCUAUUAAUAUUAACAUCUAAUACCAAUAUAACAUUCUUUAAAUUUUGCUUUAUUUUUAACAGUAAUAGUGAUAAAAAGUUUUACAAAAGCUAUUUUAUCCAAUAAAGUUCUAUUGAAUUUUAGUCUGUCAAUUAAACGUUUAUAUAAAUGUAAAGAUUUUAUGAAUCAAAUUAUUUAUUUCAGUGCCAAAAAUUUAUUGUAAUUUUGUAAUCACAUGUUUAUUUCAUGCUUCUUAUUUUAAGUAAUUAAGAUGUAUUUGUGCCUUUGAAUUAUCAUGACACUCUGCUUCACUAAAAGUAAUACGACUGCCAUUAUUGACAUGAAUUGCUCAUGCUAACAACACUCCAGUGAUAGUCGUUUAUAUUCAGCAAGUGAGCUCAAUUCAAACCACUUUAACUUGAAUAUAAAAUCUAAAUGUAAUAAAUUAUACUAUAUAAUUUAUUUUCAUUUAUAGCAAAGAAACUCUUUUCAUAUAUUCCUGAUAUAUUUUUAAUUUGUUCUGUAUUGUUUUUCUAGACAAUAAAUAAAAUCUAGAUAUUGUUGAAACUGAGUUGUUAGACAGUUGCAAGAAAAAGCAAAUGGGUUUUUAAAAUAAGGUAAAUUCAGUGGUAUAGUUUUACUAGCCCUGUUAAAAUACUUUUGACUUGAUAUUGGAAAGUAGGAAGAACAUGUUCCAAUAGAUUUGGGAUCAUAAAUCAUCCUCAUGAUGAUAAGUCAGUCAGAGAUGAAAAUAUCUACAACUGAAGUAGUAGAAAAAUAUCCUUUACUUCAUAAUUUAAAAAUAUUGACAUAUAAUAUUAUAAUUAUCUAUGAAAUUAUCCAUGUGUCUUUUUCAUGGAAAAUAAAGUAAAUGCUCUUAUUUGAAUUCCUCUUGGAGUUCUUCUUCGUAGUCACAUUCGGUGCUUAUUCAACAAACUAGGAGAAGGUGAAAAUAUUUUUUAAUUGAGAUUGUUAGCAGUAGUUAUCUCUAGACAGAGAAAAAAUGUAGACUUUCUUAUUAAGCAUUUGGAGCAUUCUUCCAUAGGCUUGCAAAUUGAAAGUGCAUAUGGGUAUACUGACAUACGCUGAAAUUAAAAUGUCUAAAGACAGAGAAAUGAGACACUCCAAUUACAAAAUGAAAAACUUUCAAGAAAGUAUUCCACACAUAGGCUUAAGAAUGUUCCAAGAUGAAAUAAUUUUGGGUGCAAAUGAAAAAGUUAUAAAAGAAUCUAAACAUAAUAAUUGCUGAACAGAUACACUUUUAUUCCAGAUUCCACCCUUCCUUUUUUAAAAGUUGCAUUUUACCCAUGUAGAUGCAGCUAUUUAGCAAGAUUAUACAAGAAUGCUUAUAGAUUAUUGCCCCAUAUCAAAGUCAGAGCCUUUUAUAUUAUGUAUAAUAGUAAAUAUUUAUUUAAUAUGUUUAAUGCUCUUAGAAAAACAGUUCAUUUUUCACUAUAGGAUUUUACCAGUAAUUUAAAUCUGUUAGUUGGUAUCUUUUUUUUUACAAUUUUCAGAGUUCUUGCCAAAAAUUUAUAAUUAUAAAGAUUAAAAAUAUAAAUUCAGAUACAGUAGCUUUACUUUCUUCUUCUGAUAUGAAAAUAUAUAUCUUUAGACAUCUAAUUUUAUUCUUCUGAGGAAAAGAAUAAGCAAAAAGCAAUGAGUGAUGGGGUAAAUCAUUACCAACCAGGCAGGAAAUUACAGGAACGAAGAAUUGAGAGGAAAUGGAAAGACAGAAAAGGCAAACAGCUUCUACACUUUGAACAGUCAAGAAUGACAUGACUGCGUGAAAUGCUGUACUAGGCAGUAAGAACAUGCUUAUAUGAAAAUUGAGGCCAAUAAUACUUACACUGAGAAGAUAGCCUAGUGAAAACUAGAAAAGAAAGCUCACAGACAUAGAAUUUAUGAUUAAAUUUACAAAGAAGAUUUUUCUAUUCUAGAAAAAAUAUGCAUAUUAUAUAAUAAAUGUUACUGUCGAGAACAAAUGUAACUGUUCCAACUCUCAAGGAAAUGUUCAUGGUUUAAACUUUGCCUCUGAUCCCUUUUAGAAAUAGGUGAACGUCUUAGAAAUAAAGGUUAACAAAAAUCA